AUGGAAGAAACUUGCAGUGGGGCCUUCCCGACCCUGUCUCGGGUCAGGUUUAAGUCGUCCUUUGUGGUUGCUGGCGAGCCACGUGGCGUUGUCCGACCUCCAUAUGACCACCUCACUCAGUUGCUGAUAAAAGUGAUGGAUGAGCGUCCACAGAAUGUGGUGGAUGUGAUUGAGGACAUGAGCCAUGACGUGAAGCAGGGUUUAUUUGAAAACAAGCAGAGCACCCUGCGAGUCCUUCCACAGGCUACAGCUGCUGAGUUGCUGGCUGAGCGGCAACGCCUGCUGUUUUCUCGGCAAGAAGAGACUGAACAGGAGGAAGAACUGGUAGAAACACCUCUUCCCAACGUGAGUGAAAUUGGCUUCUACCUGGAGCAGGCUGGAGUAGGUCUGGGCAGGGAGGAGAUGCAGAGGGUCUUCCUCGCACUCAAGCAGCUUGUUGAGUCGCAGUCGCUGCUGCGCUGCCGACUGUGGGGCAAGGUUCUGGGUACAGAGAGCAACUAUGUUGUUGCCGAAGCUGAGUACAGAGAGGGGGAGGAAGAGGAAGAGCAAAGCACGGAGGAAGCAGCUGAGGAAGAGGAGAGAGAGGCAGACACUCAGGAGAAUGAGAUGGAUCCACUUCCUCAGUUGACCUAUCAACCCCUACCAGUAGUGCCGAAGGAACCCAUAGGAACAGGUGCUAACAAGUAUAUUUACUAUGUGUGCAAAGAGCCUGGUCUUCCUUGGGUAAAGCUUCCUUCAGUCACUCCUGCACAGAUUACUGUUGCGCGCCAGAUCCAUAAAUUCUUCACUGGGAGGCUUGACGCCCCAGUUGUGAGCUACCCGCCUUUCCCCGGGAAUGAAGCUAACUAUCUGAGGGCACAGAUUGCUCGGAUCUCUGCUGGCACACAAGUCAGCCCCCAGGGCUUCUUCCAGGCUGGAGAAGAGGAAGGUGAUGAGGAAGAUGAGGCACCGCGGGACAGCUACGAAGUGAAUCAUGACUUUGAGGGCAUUCCAGUUGCUGAGAUGUCUGAAUCCACCUGGGUGCAUCAUGUUCAGCACAUCCUACCUCAGGGUCGCUGUACUUGGGUGAACCUGGCUGUGAAACCAGGAGAAGACUCUAAUGAGGAAGGAGAGGCUGAGGAUAAAGAAGAGGAGCCUGAUGAGCCUGAGCCGGAAGUUGGACCCCCUCUGCUCACUCCUCUCUCCCAAGAUGCAGAAAUCUUCAACACCCCUCCUUGGUCCUCCAAGAUGUCCUCCACUCUCACCUCUCAGCAUGCAGUAGCUGUGCUGCGUUCCAACCUCUGGCCAGGGGCAUAUGCAUACGCCUGUGGAAAGAAGUUUGAAAACAUAUAUGUUGGAUGGGGUCUGAAGUACACAGGGGAAGGGUACAGCCCACCUGUCCUCCCGCUACCACAGAAAGAAUAUCCUAGUGGACCAGAAAUCACUGAGGCCCUGGACCCAUCACUGGAGGAGGAACAGGCAGUGAAAGAAGCUUUAGAGGAGCAGCAAGCUGCCCAGGAGGAGAUGGAGGACACAGAUGAAGAGGAGGAAAAUGAUGACUGAGAAAACAGUUUCUACAUUUUUCAAGUACUUAUUUGGAAGUCACUAGCCAAAUAAAUCAGUUUACUCAGCAA